UCAUGCUGCUGCCAGGUCCACAGUCUCUCAUGGGUCCCUGUACGGCCUCCCAUUGCUGCUGUCUCCAUCGCCACACUCUGCCAUGUGCCACUUUCAGGUCUCCUCACACUGCUGGUGUGUUGAAUUUUUUGACAUAGGGUGCUGGCAGAUUACGGGCCUCCCAUAGCUGCUGCCAGGCCCCUAAUCUGCCAUGGGCCCCUAUACCGCCUCCUCAUGCUGCUGCCAGGUCCAGAGUCUCUCAUGGGUCCCUGUACGGCCUCCCAUUGCUGCUGUCUCCAUCGCCACACUCUGCCAUGUGCCACUUUCAGUCUCCUCCUCACACUGCUGUGUGUUGAAUUUUUUG